AUGUCGUGUACUGAUGAUGAUGCACAGUGGACCCGUUGCUCAGAUGAGUGUGCAAGUGACAUGUCCUGUGAGGCCAUAGCAGCCCCAGUGAGAGGUGUCAUCAGGGUGGCUGGGUUUCGUCCUGAGACUGAGCCGUUGCCCGUGGUUGAGGAGGUCACAGAAGUGGUGCUCGACUCUGGAGCCGACGAGUCGUGUCUGCCGUAUGCAUAUGCAGGUGUAGGUUGCAAGGCAAGCACAAAUCAGAGAGCCAACUUUUCGGAUGCCCAAGGAAACCCGUUGCGGGCUUACGGAUGGCGCUAUGCACAGGUCAUCCUUGACAAUGGCGUCACCUCUCGUGAGCGCUUCCUGGUGACUGAUGUGACGUCACCCCUGCUUGCAUGCGGAAAGCUGUACAAGGCUGGAUGGAGUGUGCAACAUGAGAACAAUGAGCUGGUGCUGUCCAAGGGUUCUCGCAAGGUGCCCGUGCGGUUUAGGCAUAACAGCCUUGUUGUGGAUGGAAGCAUCAGGACUGUGACCAGCAAGCCGUCUGAUGGCUUCGUUCGUGCUGUCAGCUUGAACCCUGUUCUUGAAAGUAUGGUCAACAAGGGCAACGAGUUCUUUGAGGAGCUGAUCCCAGGAGUGCAAGGGCUUAAAUGCGAGUCCGAUGCCUACCUUGAUGUGAGCUUGUAUUUGCCGAUGGAAGGUAUGCAGUACCGCACCACUUUGGUUUGCGUUGAUCCUGUAAUGCGCAUUUGGGAGCUUUGGGAGCUGUGCCGCGAUGUCACAACUUUGGAUGUGCUUGAUGAGCAAUUUGCCGAUGGGGUAGAGCGCACAGUGCUAACCAUUGCCUCCAGAGAAGCUUUGACAGCAGAGCAGCUUGGGAUCGUGAUGCAAGGUGAUGUGCCAGAGGCGCCAGAUGGUGCUACAGAUGUGCCAAUGCAUGAAGGCGAAGGUGAGCCUGCAGGUGUUGCACAGGAGGUUGGAGGCAUCGGCUCUCCUCCUCCUUUUGAGUCUACUGUUCCGGGCACCCCUGAUCUUGAAGCUUUGUUUGCAAGUGAUGUUGAGGGUGAGAAGCAGCAUCAUGAUGGUGCGAAUGUGCCCGUGGCCCAGCAAGCAGCUUUGGAGGCUGCAACCCGAGAUGAUGAAAUGACCGGUGAUUUCAUUGAAGUGAAUGGUGUCAGAGUGACCGCCGACUCGGCGUUGAGUGUCAUGCGCAAAGCCUGCGAGUAUCUGAAUAUAGGCCGUUCAGGUGGUAAAGCCAAGGUGUACAAAAGGUUGUGCGAACACUUGAAGCGCCUUGAACUUGCAGAAGGUGUGCGCCAGAAGCAAGAGCGUGCACAAGGUGAGAGCCGUGAGCCUCGUGAGGUUCCGCUUGUGAAAGAACCGACGCUGCAUGAACGGUUGCAACACAAUCUGACGCACGCCCCGUACCGUGAGUGGUGCGAACACUGCGUGAUGCACAAGGCGCGAAGUGAUCGUGCCAGCGCCACUGUCGAGCCUAAGCGGGCCGUCUCGGUUCUCUCCUUCGACUUCGGGUUCACAGGUCGCGAGCUUGACCCUGAGAACAAGCUUAUCACCCUGUGUGUGAAGGACCGUGCAACAGGUUGGAGAGAGGCCAUUCCCACCAAGCGCAAAGGCGGUCCAGAAAGCACCAAAUUCCUCACCAGCGAGAUCGUCAGACUGUGCAAUGUGCUGGGAUACAAUGAUGUGACCAUACGUUGCGACCCUGAGCCCAGUUGCAAGACCCUCCAGCAGGAGGUUCAGAAGGCCCGAGGUCGACUGGGUCAAAGGACGAGGCUGGAGCAGUCAGGUGAAGAGGAAAAGGCCUCGAACGGUGCCGCGGAAGAAGCAGUGGAAUCCACCAGACAGCAAGCAUGUGUGCUGUUGAGUGCUUAUGAGCACAACACCGGCAAGCAAGUAGGCAGUUUGCACCCACUUCACGCUUGGGCUGCUCGUCAUGGGUCAUGGCUUAUGAACAGGUACGUUGUUGCGCGAGACCAGCAGACCCCUUUUGAAUGCACGUUUCAGUCACCCUAUACAGGGAAGCUUGUCGAGUUUGGUGAGUGUGUAAUGGCUAUGUGCCGCACAGCGAUGACCAACAAACCUGUGAAAGGAUCCGCCAAAUGGGUCCGAUCGCUGUGGUUGGGCAAGGCCAAUGCCAGUGAUGGCCACCUGGUUGUCACAGCAGGCGGAAAGCUUCUCAUCACCCGUUCCAUCCGCCGAACGCCUGAGCGAUGGGAUUCCAGCUUGCAUGACUGCAUCAAGGCCUUUGGCUCUAGCGACGCCUCCAGCGCACUUUGUGUGCACGGCCAGGGAAAUCCAUGUGCUGAAGGGGCUCUCGCCUACUCGGGAGCUCCGGACCGGCUGAGGGCUGCUGUGGGUGGCAGCCUUGGCUACAAUACUUCAAGAACCAUGUGUGAGCUACGAGAGGAGAGUGCUGUGAGUGACAGGCACGCCAAGCAAUGGGGCGACGCCUCUCAGGUUCCUUACGCAGUCGAUGGAAACCUCUGGCAGAGGUGUAUCAUUCGCACCUUUCGGCACUGCAGCGACGCCACACUGAAGCUGCACAGGGAAGCGAGCAUGACUUUUGGUCAGGUGCUUCGGACGACUUGCUGUCUUGCUUCAGGUUGCAGUCAGGACUGCGAUGGCCUCGAGUGGUGCAGCUGCCUCUUCCUUGCAGUGGUGGCGAUGGCAGCGCUCUGGGCAUGCGGCGCUGGCGCGGGCCCCUUAGCCCUUCGGGCUCCCCUGGGCCUCUCUUGCGACCCGAGCGCCGCCAUGGUGGCUUCAAGCGCGGCCGCGAGAGCUGGCGACUCCCUCGACUUCCACGACUUGCCGCUCCUCGUGUUCUGCGACGGCUCCUACACGGGCGAUCUGGCUGUUUCUAUGGACUUUCGGGACUUUGGCUUCAACGGUGGCUUUUACCAGUUAAGGCUGAUCUUGGGCAAGGUCUCCGACUCCUGCGACUUCGAUGGCGUGGCGGACCUUCGGGUGGGUUGGUCGGCUACUUCCUCGACUACUUCAAAUUGCUGCUCUACGUGUACCACGGCGUAUACUUGCAGGGACUGCUCGAGGACCUGGUCUCUGGUCUUGGGCUCGGCUGGCGACUUCCGCGAACUUCACUACGUGCUCUUCCUCGUGUACCGCGGCGGCUACUACCUGGGCGAGCUGGGCAACGACUACCUGGACCUUCGGGACUUUGGCUACAACGGCGUCUUCUACCAGUUGGGGCAGCUCGUGGGUCAGGUCUCGGGCUUCUGCGACUUUGGCGGAGUGGCGAACUUCGACCCGGGCAGCGACUACGUGGACCUCCGGGACUGUGGCUUCAACGGUCUUCGGCUGCUGCGGCUUUGGCGGAGUGGCGAACCUUCGUGUGCUUUGGUCGACUACUUCCUCGUCCACCUCAACCUGCUGCUCCGCGUGUGCCAUGGCAGUUACUGCGGGGGCGGCUUGGACGACGACUUCGGGAACCUCUGGGACUUUGACUUCAACGGUGUCGUUGAACCUUUAGUCCUGCUUCUGAAACCAGAUUUUCCUUGGGACCACCCGGGAUUUGUUGCAGGUGGACUUGGCAAGAUGCGCAAGCAGCGUGAGGCCAAACCUGUUGAAGCUGUUGCGGAACCAGCGGCUGAUGAAGUUGGUGUGCUUGGGCCUGUGAGCCCUUUGCUUGCAGGGCCCGGUGAUGAAGCUGCUUCGGAUCCUGAGACCAGCGUGAACUACUCGCCAAGCCUCCCUGCUUCAGAGCACAAAAGCAAUGGCCCAGAUGGAAGCGCAGGCAGCAGCACGAGCAGCAGCAGCUCGAGUGAUGAUGAUGGCAAUGCGCCAGCCGAGCAGUCUGAUGCUGCUAUGCAAGGUGUCGAGGCUGAGGUGCCACAAGGUGUUGCAGGAGUGCCUAGCGCAGGCGGGGAUGCGAAUGCUGAGGAACGCCCGUCUAAGGCAGCCAAGUUGCGUGCUGUGACACAAAACGAAUUUUACCACAAUGAUGCAUCAAUUGAUUUUAAUUUUGAAGAUGCCGAGCUUGAUGAGCUAGAGGGCUAUGAUUAUGGGCUGGCUGAUUACUAUUUUAGUGAGGAAGCUGGCGGAUCUGAUGCGACGCCCGAUGAGCUGUGGAGGCCAUUUGGGCCCACAGAGCCAAGCCUUUCAGAAGCCGAGAUGCUGAUGAUUGACAGUGCAGCCGAUGAUUUUGAGAUACGUAGGCUGUUGGCAAUGCAUGUGCUUGAGGCCCUCACUUGUGACGCAGCUGAGCAAGCACAGACUGAGGGUUCCAGACUGUUGUCAACGAAAUUUGUCAGGAGCUGGAGAAUCAAGAUGCGCAAACUUGGUAAUGGAACCGAACAGCAGCAAUACUUGAGGCGGUCCAGGUUUGUCGGUCGUGAGUACGCAUGGAUGGAUAAGGACAGGACCGAGCUGUUUGCUCCCGCUUCAAGUAGUCUGCUCACAAGGUUGUUGCCAUCCGCCUUCAUGAGGUCCAAAGGUGACGGCCAUGCAUGCUGUGUGCUUGAUGUGGCAGACGCGUUUCUCACCGUCGACCAGCGCAUACCAACGGUCGUCAGGGCAAGCCUCGGGGAUCAGCAAUCACAUGUGCAACAUUUCCGUCUACUGAAGCUCCUGCCGGGGCAGCGCGAUGGAACGAUCCGGUGGCAUGAAUCGUUCACUGAGUACCUUGACAGCAAACUUGGAUUGGAACCGUACGUGCCAUGCCCGGCACUCUUCAAGCUGAAGAAUGUUGCAGUUGCUGGAUUGUUGCAUGUUGACGACUUGUUCAGUGAAGGACAGCGCAAAGGCUUGGAUGUGAUGGUGUCAUGUGUGCAGGACAAAUACAAGUGCACGGUGAGCUGGCUUUGUGAGCAUGGGGAUGAGGUUUCGUUUCUCAAGAAAGCAUAUCGGUUGGUUCGUGAUGACCUCUUGAUUAUCCAACCUCACCCGCGCCAUGUUGAGAAGCUGGUUGAAAUGUUCAACCUCACACGUGCGAGGAGCAAGUCGAGCCCCCUGCCGACCACUCUUCCAACGGAUGAUGAAGAGUUGACUGGCGAGCAGAGUUCGAUGUUUCGCACUGCGGUUGGAGUACUCUUGUAUCUGCAGUCCGAUGUGAUUGAAGCGCAAUUUGGGAUCCGCUGGUUAGCUCAACACAUGAGUCGCCCCACCACUGGGGCACUGCGCGUGCUGAAGCACAUGAUCCUUUACCUUCGGGACACUAGCGGUUAUGCCAUAGGUUUCCCAGUGCCCACCAUAGGCAUAGGAGUCAGUGUGCAAAGCAAGGCGGGGCACGAUGUGCUGGAGACGCACACCGACGCCGACUGGGCUGGAGAUAAGGUGCAUCGGAAGUCGGUGUCAGGAUGCGUGAUAACCUUGAACAGCCACUUGCUAAGCAGCAGCAGCCGGACGCAGAAAUCCAUAGCAUUAAGCUCGGGGGAAUCUGAGUAUGCCAGUGCCGUUUCAGGAACGUGUGAUCAAGUGUUCAUCCGCAAUGCCGUCGAGUUUGUCCUUGGAACAAAGGUGGAGUCGCAUUUGCUUUUGGACUCAGCGGCAGCCCGUGGUGUGAUCGCCCGACAGGGCGCAGGCCGAAUCAGACACUUGGAAGCGAAGAUGUUAUGGCUGCAGCAGUACGCCCGUGAAAGCCUCCAGGUGCACCCUGUUGAUGGCAAGCACAAUGUGUCCGACCUUGGAACGAAAAGCCUUCAAGGACCCCGGAUCAGAGCAUUGCUGCACAAGGUUGGGAUCCGGGAUGCCAAUGAUGACUAUGCGCUUGUGGGCAGUGAAGAGUUCCAGAACCUUCUUGAUGGAAACACAGUGCGCAAGCUGGUGCGAAUGGUCAAGCAGCAGGGCAAUGCUGGCAAUUCCGUUGGAUUGCAAGUUGCAAUGAUUGUCUUAUCGCACGCCUUGAGCCAGCAUGCCGUUGCAGCCGCAGCGGACAGCGAGGAACAAGAUGUCGGUGCCGAUGAUGGCACAGAUGGAAUGCACAGCAUCGUCCAACAGGUGCUGGAGAUGAUCAUGCUUGUGUUCACUUUUGCAGGUGAGUAUGCCCAGCUGCGCAAUGUGAUCUUGAGCAUGCGAGGUGAUGCGUCAGGAGAUGAUGGCAUGUCUCCUGCAUCGCCACGCGGUGCCAGGAGUAAGCGAAUGACCAAGCCGCCCAAGCGCAGUUGCGAUGACAAUGAUGAUGAAGGGGCACGUGGUGAAAGUGCCAAUGCUGGUGAUGUGCCAAUGAGCAGCCAUGAAUCGCCAGGUCGCUUGAACUUCAACGUGCCGUUGACCCCUGGAGCCUCGGUCAAGCUUGAAGUGUCGAGUGGCAGUGCAAGCGAGAAGCCGUCAAGCAGUGCAGCAAGCACAAGCAGCGCAGGAGAUGCCGAUGUCCCGCGUGCAAGGCGUCCACCCGUAAGGCCCAAGCCAAAGGCCAGGAACAGCGGUGAUGAUGAAGUGUGGGUUUCCGGUGCCCAGGGCGGUUGGCUGAGAGUCGUGGAUACCGCGGAUGCCGCAUUUGCAAUCCUUGAGACUUAG